AUGACCUCCUACAGCUCCUCCGCCCAAACCGCCUCCUCCUACCGCCGCACCUUCGGCCACGGCGCCUACGCCUCGCCCUCCCUCAACCGCUCCGUGCUGGGCCACGGCGGCGGCGGCGGCGGCGGCCACGUCGCCUCCAGGGUCUACGAGGUGACCCGGAGCAGCUCCACGCCCGCCUACCGGGUCUCCUCCAGCUACUAUGGCCGGCCGGUGACGAGCUCGCGGGCCUCCGUCGGGCGCUCCUACGCCGGCAUGGGCGAGACGCUGGACUUCAGCCUGGCGGACGCCCUCAACCAGGAGUUCCUGACCACGCGGACCAACGAGAAGGCCGAGCUGCAGCACCUGAACGACCGCUUCGCCAGCUACAUCGAGAAGGUCCGCUUCCUGGAGCAGCAGAACCAGGCGCUGGUGGUGGAGGUGGAGCGCCUGCGGGGCCGCGAGCCCACGCGCAUCGCCGACCUGUACGAGGAGGAGAUGAGCGAGCUGAGGAGGCAGGUGGAGAUCCUGACCAAUCAGAGGUCGCGCAUAGAGGUGGAGCGCGACAACCUGGUGGACGACCUGGACAAGAUCAAACUCAGACUCCAGGAGGAGAUUCUCCAAAAAGAGGACGCAGAGAACAACCUGGCUGCUUUCAGAGCCGACGUGGACGCUGCCACUCUGGCCCGUCUGGACCUGGAGAGACGCAUCGAGACGCUGCAGGAGGAGAUCGCCUUCCUGAAGAAGAUCCACGAAGAGGAGAUCCGUGAGCUGCAGACCCAGAUGCAGGAGACCCAGGUCCAGAUCCAGAUGGACAUGUCCAAGCCGGACCUGACGGCGGCGCUGCGGGACAUCAGAGCUCAGUACGAAGGAAUCGCCGCCAAGAACAUCGCCGAGGCUGAGGACUGGUACAAGUCCAAGGUGUCCGACCUGAACCAGGCGGUGAGCAAGAACAACGAGGCUCUGAAACAGGCCCGGCAGGAGACCAUGGAGUUCCGGCACCAGAUCCAGGCCUACACCUGUGAGAUCGACUCGCUCAAAGGCACCAACGAGUCCCUGAUGAGGCAGAUGCGGGACAUGGAGGACCGGCACGGCCGCGAGGCCGGCGGCUUCCAGGACACCAUCGCCCGGCUGGAGGCCGAGAUCUCCAACAUGAAGGACGAGAUGGCGCGCCACCUCCGCGAGUACCAGGACCUGCUCAACGUCAAGAUGGCGCUGGACGUGGAGAUCGCCACCUACAGGAAGCUGCUGGAAGGGGAGGAGAGCAGGAUCGCCUUGCCUGUGCAGACCUACUCCACGCUGAGCUUCAGAGAGACGAGUCCUGAACACCAGCAGCGCUCCUCCGAGAUGCACUCCAAGAAAACCGUCCUCAUCAAGACCAUCGAGACCCGCGACGGAGAGGUUGUCAGCGAGUCGACGCAGCACCAGCAGGACAUCAUGUAAAGAAGAAGGCAGGAAACCAACACACUGCUGUCCGUCCAUGAUUCUGGACAGACGAAGAAAAUAAAUACUAAGCAAAUAAAAACUAAGCAGAAAGACUUUACAACCUUCA